AUGGGCAAUUCAGGACCACCUGAGUUGGAGGUGGGCCUGCAUUGCCUGCUCCGGCCGCCAGGGGGCCGCUUCCGAGAGGAGGCGGCGAGGACGACACUCGCCCGCAUUCCCCGCGAUGACGUCACUUCCUUUCGGCGUUCUUCCCUCCGAGGAGGCGAGGCUGUAUUCUUACCGUGUUUUGAAACUUAUUUUCAUCAGUGGCUUUUCUCCCUUGUUAGUGUAUCUCAGAUGCCCAUAGCAGAAGGGAAAAGUGUCCAGCAAACAGUUGAAAUCUUAACACGAAAACUAGAACUACUUGGAGCAGAAAAACAAGGAACAUUCUGUGUAGACUGUGAAACAUACCACACUGCAGCUUCCACAAUGGGCAAUCAAGGGCAGACUGCCAAGCUGAUGUACGUGAUGCACAAUUCUGAAUAUCCCCUCAGCUGUUUCGCUCUCUUUGAAAAUGGCCCCUGCCUCAUAGCAGAUGCCAACUUUGACGUCCUUAUGGUGAAAUUGAAAGGCUUCUUUCAAAAUGCCAAAGGGAACAAGAUAGAGAGCCGGGGCACCCGGUACCAGUACUGUGAUUUCUUGGUGAAGGUUGGCACUGUUACCAUGGGACCCAGCGCUCGAGGAAUAUCUGUGGAGGUGGAAUACUGUCCCUGUGUGGUGGCCAAUGACUGUUGGAACCUGCUAAUGGAGUUCAUGCAAAGUUUCAUGGGAAGUCAUGCCCCGGGGAUUCCUUCUGUGUUUGGCAAUAAACAUGACAGCAUCUACAGCUCAGGUGACACGAUGGUACAGUACAUGGAACUCUUCAACAAGAUUCGCAAGCAGCAGCAGGUGCCAAUUGCAGGGAUCAGAUGAGGAACCUUUAUAAGGCCUUUCUUCAUGUGGGCAACCGCAUUGUUGACUUGUCAGUCUGCUGAGUAGCUGUUCCAUUCUGGCACUCUAGAUUGCAUUCGUUUCCCAUUUUAAAAAUGCAGUCGGUCUUCCUUGGAGGUAGAAUUAAUAUCAUGUCAUCUCUGCUUCUCAAGGCCAGUGACAAUGCCAUGGGUGGUCUUAGAUUCUUCAAGCAACACUCCUGCAACAGAGUGGGAUUUGAAGAAAAAUUAUCAUGCAGAAAAGAGCAGGUUGGAAAUGUGGGCAAAUGGUAGGAUAGGCUUUGGAUUUGCUCAGUUGGCUAUGAGUGAACUUGAGAUUUCUGGCCAAUAAUAUGAAAAAAAAUCGUACUUUUUAUUUUCAUAUGAUGCAUUCUGUCAGUGAUACUACUAAAAUAUAUCCUCAAAUUGAGGGAACUGUAUGUUUUGUGUUAGAAAAGUACUGAACUAUAUGUUGUUAAAUCAAACAGACAGCAACAGAGUUCUGUUAUCAGAGUUUUAAGUUCCUGGCCUUUCACUAUCUUCAUGAAGCUGUUGAGAGGAUUAUCAUGUUUGAGCUUUAGGAUAAUAUCAUUGUACCCUGGAAGUUUAAAUCCUUUCCCUUCUAAUGUUGCAAUUCUGUCUGAUGGAACAGGGUAGACAGUCCUUCACCAUGAAAACCUAUUCAGAACCAAGACUUAGAUCAAAUUACAGCAACAGCAUUUUUAUAAGUUGAGGCCUCAAAGUGCAAAUGCAUGGAAUUUUCCAAAUUCUUUAAAAUAUUAAAUGUGUCAUUGAGAAAUCCC